GCCAAAUAAACGAAUAUACGAGGCAAGUGAGCCCAAACCUGUUUCUUCUAUUUCUUCUCAAAAGUGUAUUUGAUAUUUAAAAAACUUGUUCUAACAAUUUUUAAUUUCAAACGUUUCAUUGAUUUUUUUCAAGAUAUUUUUAACGUAAACGUUAUGAAAACGAUGAUCAAUAUAAUGGAAAAUACAGUGGCAAUUUUCUUCUUUUUAUUUGUACUUGUUUCUAUUGUGUAUGCAAAAAGAAGAGACAGAUUUGAUAUCAUAGAAAAAAGAAUUGGUGGUGUAGAAACACGAAUUAGUAUAAUUGAAUCACGAAUAAAUUCGGACAACAAACUGGCAAAAUCAUUGCAACAAAACUUCGAGGAGCUUAACAAUUCUUUGAUAAAUUUCAAGGAUCAAAUGUGUCCUAUACAGCACCAACAGACAGAAAAAGAGAAGAAGACUUGUUCUACAAAAUGUGUUCAACUUCUAAAGUCAAGCCGAAUACUAGUGUCGUUAGGACUUAAUAGGGAAAAACAAUGGACAAGAGAUCAAGUGGAAAAUCUUACGGGUCUAGUGAAUGAACAAACUGAUCUGCUUAAUAAGAACUUCUCAGAGCUAAAAAACGAACUCAAAGAUGAAAAAGAAGAAAUAGAAAGCACUCUAGAAAUGAUCAAUGCAACAAUUAAUGACAACAUCCGAACAAAUCUGAGCAAACUGGACGAAAUAAUCACAAAUAAUGUUAAAGAUAUGAGGGAAGUGUCUCUAAAGAGUGACACCACAGAGAAGUUGAUAAGUGUCCAGCAGAGAGAAAUAGAAGCUUUAAAAGAAACUCAAGCUAAUCUUUUAAAUGUUUUAAUUUCUGCAAACUUGAUAAACUUAGAAAACUUGAUAAACUUUGAACAUUUGGUAAACUAUGAUUUUACAUGUCCAUUGGACUGGACAGAAUAUUCAUCGUAUUGUUAUUUGUAUAUUUAUGAGUUAAAAACGUUCAGUGAAGCUCGUGCUCAUUGUAAGCGUUUAGGAGCAACCUUGAUUGAUUUUGAAAAUAUUGAAGCAGUUAAUUCUACUAUCGUGAAAUUAACAAAAUCACGUUAUUUUGUCGCAUGGGUGGGUUAUUCUGAUGAGAAGGAGGAGGGUACUUGGAUAUCAGAAAGAACUGGUCAACCUGCAUCAUUCACAAAUUUUAGAGCCAAUGAACCCAAUGGAGGUACUCGUGAGAAUUGUGUUGCGAUCAGUGGCUUUUCAAGUUUAUGGUUUGACCGGCCAUGUUACAAUAGAUACCAAUUUAUUUGUAAAAAAGAAGCCAAGAUAGAUUUAAAGUUGUGAAAAUCGGUAUAUAUUUUUAAUUCAAGGCUGAUUGAACAUUUUGGUAAAUAAAAUGCUUGCUUUGUUUACAAUAUUGUACAGUCAUAACUUGUAAGAUUGAAUUAUGCAAGUUUAUAUCAUUGUAAAAUUUUAACAUGUAUGACUUUAAUUAUAAUGCCAGUUUUUAUCAUUGUAAAAUUUUAACUUGUAUGACUGAAUCUUUGCCUUUGUGUUCUAGAUUCAGUAUGACUGAAUAUGAUAAAUUUCAUUUAUAUUUCUCUUUGAUUUGUAAUGAGAAAACUUUUUCUUUUUCUACCGUUCGUAUUUUGAAAACAGCUGAAGUAUUUAAUGGCAUGUACGUGUAUAGGUUUUAUCAAUAAAUGAAUCAGGAUGGAUAAUUUUAAAAUUUUAUUUGACAAGGCCUGUGUUCGCGGGCAGCUCAUUCUACUUUUAUCAAUGCUUAAUAUUUAAGUAAAAGCAACGUAGAAAAGGCGCAUAAUUCUGCAAUUUAUGAAUGCAUUUAAUUUUUUGAAUAGAUAUUGUCAAGAUAAAACACUGCUCAUUUGUAACACGCUUUAUUGAAAUAAAGAUAUAAAAUGAG